AUGGUUGAUACGCAUGUUGGAACCAAAUCAUAUAAAUCUCCGCUUUUGUGGCUUCCUUGUGAACUCCUCGUGCAUACGGCCUCCUAUCUUUCUCCGGAAGACUUAUUCAAUUUACGCUUGACAUGUCGUCGUAUUGAAACGUUUCUCUUCGAUACGUUCUCGGAAGAAUUCUUUGCUAAUAGACGAUUCAUGGUUACUGAAUGCUUGAAAUGCUUGAUCGACAUAUCGAAACAUCCUACUCUGUCAAAGCGCUUAAUAAAGUUCACCAUCGGACUUGAUCGAUUAUAUAGUAGCGAUGCUCUACCUAGUGUUGGAGAUGGAGGUUGGGGUGACAAUAACUUGCCUACCAAAAGAGGUGUUGAACCUUAUAGACUGGAAGAGCUUGCUGUAGAGCAAAAUUGGCUUGUCAGCAGUGGAAGAUUACAAUUACUACUUAGCGAGGCAUUAAAUGACCUACCAAAUCUGAUCGAACUCAACCUUCGAGAUGCCAGCAUCAUCCGAGAAUUCCCUCGCCCAGAAUCAAACCCAUCAUUCGUCAGCCAUGGUACCGCCGAAGUACGUCGACAGACGGGGAUAGAUUUAUCGAGUAACGAAUCGCAUCUACAUCAACAAGACCAAUUUGCCGAUAUCAUAUUCUCUACUGCCUUGCUAGCCGUAGCAAGAAGUGGUAAACGAUUGAAAGCCAUCACUGUGGACAUACAGAAACGAGAUAUGGGUUUAUCUAGUUCGGCUUUUGCGAUUCCUAAAUCUCUUGUUAGCUCGCUCCGAUUUGCUUUACAAGACUUACGAUCGCUCAAUCUAUCUGUCAGUUUUACCUACGUCACGCUAGGUAGUUUCGCGACUGGAUCUAUGGCAUUCUUACGAUGGCAACCCCACUACCUGUUCUCCUUCCUCGAGUAUACACCAAACCUAACUCGAAUACGAAUCGAAUCGAAAGGACCAAGCUUCCUUUCAGAUGGGAUAAUAGGGUGGUUAGCUCGAUUAGUAGAUUUGUCAAAUGGGAAGCAAGUGGAAGGCUCACGUCUUCAUGGUCGUCUACAACCUGGAUUCGACCACGUUGCUUUAGGUCAGAGAUUUCAUAACUUACAAGUUUUGGAAUUAGGGAAUAUGAUCUCUCCCACCGAAUCAUUAUCGAAGGUUUUACUUCAUCUUACUAGUUCCUUACGGAAACUAGGGUUAUGCAUGGUAGGAUUGUCAGUGGCUCCGGGGGAUGAUGAGCUUGAUAAUAAUCGUCGAAGUCCAAACGCUUGGUCAUAUAUUUUUCGAGAGAUGUCGAAAUCUACAUGCCUAGAGGACAUACAUAUUAGUUCUCUAGGUCAUCAUACUCCAGGAUGUACAACCGGCGACAACAAACAUCAAGUGGUUUUCUUGAAAUCCGAAUUUGGUGUACAGUCGGGUCCUCGUAACGGAUUAUUAAACACAUGGUCGCAUGUGGGUAGUAUUUCAGUCAUGAAGGCUUUUCUUGUUGAAGUUGCGGAAAAGACGGUUGUAAUAUGCUCUAGUUGCAAGCAGAGGAAUUCCAGUUAUCGAACAUCUGAAGAGAUCUUGUAGAUUAAAAUGGAUUACUUGGUAUUAUUAGGUGUCGUCGGUUAGUUCCGAUUCGUUUGGAAUUGAAUAGGUUCCCUAUUAAUUGAUUAUUAAAUGUAUCGGAACUGUAGCAUUGCGAUGCC